GAGAAAUAUACAUAUGUUUUCGAUACGAAGGAACUAAAAGAGGUUGUGAAUUAUCACAGUAUAAAGAAGUUAAAAGCCUCAUUUGUGCUUCAAGUUCAGGGCUAAUGGUGGUGGGAAAAGACAAAAGAUGAGUAACAUACCAGCUGAUAUUGAAGAGGCUGUGAGUACAGCCGUUGAUAGACUGAGUGGCUCCAUUUCAAGGAAUGUACCUGAUUUUCUGGCAAGGUGAUGAGGUACCACCUGAAUGUGGAGGAUAUCCUCACCAUAACUGAGACACUUUCCAUCAUGACCAGGUAUGAAGUGGUAACUUUGAGCUGGUUGCUGGAAAGGAAGAAACCUGUAGCAACAGCUGCAGUGGCUAAACUUCGGAUGUGCCACCCUACUCGGGUACACUAACUACACAAAGCAGAAGUGAUGCCAAAGGCUAAUCACCCACUCACACCUCCUGUUGCUGCAAUGUAACCACGCUGUUGUCCAUGCUGCAGUUUAUGCUAAUGACCUUCUGCCUGGAUGCCAAUUGAAAUGUGAGGAGUAAAGUGUUUGCUUUGCUUGUGGUACAUUAGGUUACUGUGAAGCAAAGGUGGCCUAUUGGUUCCAAGUGAUGUCUCAACAGAGACCCAACAGCACUGUACUUUGCCAAGCAGCAAAGUAUUCAAGGCUCUCAGUUUUGGCUAAUGGCUCAACAGGUCCAAGAGAACCAACAAAAAUGAACACACUAUCUACCAGUUGCCAUGACGAUCAGUCUACUGAACCUCUCUUUGCCACUUCUGAUAGUGAAAUCUAUGUGUCAAAAAGAGCUACUCCACUCGUUUACCCAGUUUCUGAUGGAGAGCUUGAUAAUCCUUCAUACAUAUACGAUGAUGAUGAAGAAGAUGAAGAGGAAACGCAACAGCAGGAUGGAUCACCACAAAGAAAAAGACCUUCACACAAAACCACGAAUUCUCAGACACUAAUGCACCUUUUGAAAGGAAACACUGGACCAGGAUUAUUGGCUCUUCCUAGUGCUUUUGUAAAUUCUGGACUCCUUGUAGGAACAUUAGGUAUUCCACUGAUGGGGCUGCUCUGUAUACACUGCAUGCACGUUUUGGUGCGCUGUAGUCGUCGCUUGUGUAGCAAGUAAGUGUUUCUUUUUUU